AUGCCAUCAUCAAGUACAAAAAAUAAUAUUAGUGGUGACAGUUUGUUCCUAAGUAAAGCAAUCAAUGAAUCCUAUCAUGUUUUAGCGAAGAUCGGUGAAGGUAUUUCAGGAUCUGUAUAUCAAGCAAUUAAACGUGAUACAAAUGAAAUUGUAGCUUUAAAGAAUUUCAAAGCUGGAUUGGAUAGUGAUCGUGCGUCCAAGGAAGAGUGCACUUUGCUCAUGCAACUGAAGCAUAUUCCACAUAUCACUCCAAUCAUCGACAUCAUUUCUACGCCCCACGAGUAUAAUAUUGUAUUUCCAUAUUUCGAACAUGACCUCUCUGGACUCCUAAGUGAACAUCGUUUCUCAAUUCCCCAAGUAAAGUGUUAUUUCAAACAAUUGCUUCAAGGAAUUAAUGAGAUUCACAAGAGUGGAGUAAUGCAUCGUGAUAUCAAAGCUGCCAAUAUUUUAGUGAAUAACAAAGGAUUUUUAUUCAUUGGUGAUCUUGGUACUGCUACUUCCUAUGUGAAAAGAUCGGUGUUCUCCAGUCAGGUUGUCACUCUUUGGUAUCGUGCACCAGAGUUGUUACUAGGCGCCGUCCACUAUGGUCCCGAAGUUGACAUGUGGUCCAUCGGUUGUGUUUUGAUUGAAUUGGUUACCUCCAGAAAUUUCUUGCCAGGCAAUAGCGAGCAACAGCAGAUUGAGGCCAUCAGUAAACUCUGUGGAACUCCAACUGAAUCGGUAUGGCCUGGUGUUUCCUCACUGCCAAACUACAGUUGGUUGCAACCAAUCAACCAAGUUUACCCAAGUCGCUUGAGAACUGUAUUUAAAAACUUUACAGAUGAUUUCAUUGAGUUACUCGAAGGAUUGCUCACUCUUAAUCCAAAGAAACGUUGGACAGCUGAACAAGCUCUGCGCUCGCCAUUCUUUACAAAUGAACCAUUACCUUUUGAACCAGAGAAAAUGCCUGGAUAUCAACCAAUUCACGUAUUGGAAGCAAUUCAAAAGAGAAUGCAACAAAAGAAUACUCAACCAGCUCCACAACCACAACCAGAGAAACAACAACCACAACAACUACAACAAGAGAAACAACAGCCACAACAACAACAACCACAACAAGAGAAACAACAACCACCACAAUUACAACAAAUUCCACCACUUUUCAAACCAAAUCAAAUCAAUAUAAAUAACCAAAGUAUCCGACUACCAACCAACUCAACACCAACUCUUAGCACCAACAAACCAUUACCAACCAACCAACAAAAACCAACUCAAUUCCAAAAACCAUCUGCCAACGUUAACAAACAAUUAACAAACCUGAGUCAAAGCAGUAAUAACAUUAAUAUUACCAAUAAUAACAACGAAAUCAAGACAAUCAACAACAACGAAAUUGCAAUUAAGAAUGCACCACAACAAACUUUAGCUCAAACAAAACCCACAGUAUCAACACCAGCACCAACAACCACCGUCGCCACACCAACUGUUGUUCCAACACCAGCACCAACAACCACCGUCGCCACACCAUCUGUUGUUCCACUUGUGAACCAACAACCACCAGUAGUACAACAACAACAAACUACUACAACACCAAUAGUAUCAGUACAAACACCAGAAGAUACCACUCAACUACUAUCACCAAACAACAACAACAAAACAAACAUGUUGAAGAGAUCGCUCGACUUGGUCAAUGACAUCAGAAAUUAUUGUACCAGUGACAGCGAUGAAAGUGAUUAUGAAGAGAUUGAAUGUGAUGAGAGUGAUUAUUUCAGCGAUGACGAUGACGAAGACGAUUUCACUGCCGAAGACGAGAGUGAACUCGAGUUCUACACUAUUCGUCAACUUCCAACAUUCAGCAACACCGUUGGAAUGUUAGCACCAACUCCAACCGAUGCCUCUGGCAAUCCAAUCAAUCCUUUCUUACAACCACCAAAGAAGCAAAGAACCACCUCUUCGUUUUCUUCGACUCUCAGCAGAAUUGACAUUCCAAUUCACUAA